CUAUAAGGACUAAAGAGCCGCAGGUUGCCGACCCCUGGCCUAUAUUAUAAAUUACUUUAUAAUGCAAAUUAGCUUACACUACCAAUUACAAGCUUAAACUGAGGAAUGUCUUUCUUCAACUUUUUUUGUACCUGGCAUGCUAUUUGUCCUAUUUAUUCAGGAGAGAUGCUUCCUUUUAGUGGUUGGCUGUUUUGUCCCUAAAUGUAUUGUUCUAUUUAAAAGUUCACUGUAUAAGUCUAUACAAUACAAUAAAGUCUAUACAAUAUUUUUUUCUUAUUGAUCAGAAAUAUCAUCAGAAAUAAGAAUGUUACUGUGGAAAUCAUGCUUUCUGGUGUGACAUCUGACACACAGGAUCACAUGGUCGAUAUUGGUGAUGUGUCUCAGAGGAAGGAGCUCAGAGAGACGCUUAAAUGUAAACCCUUCAAAUGGUACUUGGAAAAUGUCUACACCAGUCUGUCAACAUGGGAUAACAUGUUGGGUUAUGGUGUGUUACGGAACGACCUUCUUAAGAGCCACUGUGUGGACCAAGGAUCUGUUCCUGGAAAUAUCCCCAUCCUGCAUGAAUGCCACUUCCAACAACCACAGCACUGCUACUACAACACAGAUGGUGAAAUAAUCAUUGGGGGGAUUGCAUCUCACAAUUAUAACAGUGAUCGCUGCCUGGUUGAUCCAGGCUCUGGAAGUUCUCCCACCCUGCAGGACUGUCCACUGGCAAAAACGAAUGAACUGCACAUGCACUGGGACUUCAAACAAGUAAGAUCUUGGUCGAUAACAAUCAUGGUAAUGUUUAAAUGGCGUCCCUGUAUAGUGUCUUUUCAGGUGCCACUGGUGGGAGGUGCUAAAGUCAAAAAUGUUCAGAUGCUCCUACUGACAUACUCCAAUGGUUUUUUUUACAAACACUUGUUGUGCACUGUUGCCUCACACUUUCUCUCAAACUGUGGCAGGGCCAAGCAAUCAUAAACAAAGCAACAAACAGAUGCCUUGAAAUCGUCCAGGGAGCAAACUUUUACUAUGAACUCAUCAUUCAGCAGUGCAGUGGACAGAGCUGGAGGAUCGAGCAUCUCGUCACAAGCUUUUAGUGCCGUUUUUAACAUGACCGUGUGUUAUAUUAAAGUGUGCUCAAACUCGAUCUCAUUUAAAAUAAAUUUCUUUUUUAAAAAAAGGUCAAAACCAUUUAAGCGUGUUUUUGCAAUGACAUCGCUGACUACCCUGGAAAAUGUUUGCAAUUCUACAGUGCUCACUACAAAUAACUAGAGUACACAUUUUCUACCUUUCCUGGAGUUUAAACAGUUAUGACAUAAUAAUGAACAGCUAAUGUGCAAAAUCCAGAAAUUGACAUUUUGAAAAGAGGUUUAUUUGAUUCAUGAAAAUAUAGUAUAAUAUAUCCAUAUGUUGUGGUACAAUAAUUAUGAUAUAGUGUUGUGCAAAAUAUUGAAAAACACAGGUGUGCAGGUGCAAGCAUUCAAGUUCAUUAGACUGGUGUGUCAUCUCUUUUUACCCCUUCUAUUGUGCAAAUAGCCACAAGUAAAAAUAGCUUUAUUGCUCCGGUUAAAUGUAGUCACGACCUGUAGUCUUUGUCAAUACACAGAUCCACAGAUAAUACCUUUUAAGAAUUAUCUUUCACAGAACUGACAUUGAACAGUUGCAGCAAGAAAAACAGGAAUGCAUGAUGACUGUACGGCUUGGACGUCACCUGUGAGUGAAUAAAAGGGCUCUUUGUCCACUUUAUGUAAACCUGAUUGUGCUGCAAUGCUAAACUCCAUUAACUCUGCAUAAUUUUACAGAUGCAAAAACAAUACUUUAAUUCAUUUAAGAUUUAAUCUCUUUAUUGUAUCGUGUUUAGAUUUGGAAUUUUUAAAUCUCUUUUGUAUAUUUAAAAUUUAGUUGAGCUCAUUCUUUAGUGUACUUUUUCAUUCUGAGAUAUUUAUCUUAUUGAGCUAAGCUGUGGAUUUUUUCAUGUUUUGACUGGUGUAACAGUAAUUUCCCAACUUUAAGGACAAAUUAGGUUUUUGUUUUCCUUCUUUUUGACUAACUAUAGAUUGAUUAUAGAUUAACGAGCAAUUUUAAUUUUUUCUUUUAUUUUAACAAAAUUGUGAGUGAGGUGAUGGUGUGAUAUGUGUCUCAGAUGCAGUGGAGGGGUGGUCCAGUGGGUCCAGGUGUGUGGUGUCCUGGCAGGCAUUGUGUUAUUAAGCCUUCCCUAUUUGAGUAACUGCUGGAGCCCAGAGAAGAUAGAGAGAACAGGACAGAACUGUUCUAAGCACAUAUUCAGCUGCAGAGAACAAACAGCUUAAAAAGCAACAGUGAAUAAACAUGCAUUUACCUUGUACUGCUGUGUGCGCCAAAUCCUUUGCCACAACAGCCUCACUAAAUCAAUUAACGUCUGGCUCGAAAGGGAAAAACUAUGACCAAAAACAACAAUUUGCUGUAAAUGUAUGCACUCAAUUGACUACUAAAAGUCAAAUGUAGUCUGGAAGGUUUCUAGGUGUGUAGUUGCCGUCAAAGUGAAGCCAUUGUUUAAAACUUUGUUGGAUGUGACUCAUAAAUACUUGGAAAAAGGUACAGGAAAUAGGGAUGUGUUCAGCUGAAGCACCUACCAACACACUAAGGUAUUGUCUGUGUGUGCCACCAGGUCUAAAUGAGGUUCAGAUUAAGGUUAUUGCACACACCUAUGCAUGUGCCUCCCUGUCUGGCUAUGGACAGAAUUUCUAAAUGGAAUAAUGUCACACAAACUCAAGAUGAAGUUAAGAAACUUUACAGGUAUGUCACUGACACGAAAUUUACAGCUCAAUUGAAAGAUAUGGGUGGUCUAAGACAUGCUGCUGAUAAAUGCAACCUGUUUCAUAAUGGAACCGUAACAACCGUGACAACAUUAUACUUUUAACCUUGGGUGUGUCUAUGGUUUUCGUUCCAAGACAUGCAAAGUAUAAAAGACCACAAAGGCAGUUUUGAAAACAACAUUAAGAAAUAUUUACACUCUUUCACUGUCAAGCUUUUACAUAUUAGGAUUUAAAUUUGAAGAAAGAAGAAAGAAGGAUAAAAGAAACAUAAAAAAAAUAUCAUCUGAUCUUUAGAAGGUCUGGAGGAUUUGGGUGUGUGUCUGGGAAGGGUUACAAGUUUCAAAUGCUUUGAAGUUCAUCAUUCCACACCGAUAAAGAUUAUUCACGAGUGGA